GCUGGGUGUCUUGGGCCUCCUGAGUGCUGGGGUCUGCAGGCUUGGCAGGGCCCCCCUCCAGCACAGCAGGGCUGUGGCUGUUUCUUUAAGAGAAACCGCCAAUCUGGUCACAUGAUCGCGGGUGUGCCUUUACUUUCGCUUUCCAUCUCUGCUUGUGCUGCAAGAGGAUUGCAAUGCAGAUGUUUCUUUUCCAAAGAGCGAGGAAAAGCUGAGAGUUGCAGCUAUGUGGUAGCCAGGGAAUUAGCCCUGCAAUGUGAUAAACUGAAAUAGUCACAGUGUAAAUCAUCGCAUCAAAACGUGUGGAGUUUGAUCACACCCUGGAGAUUGUAAAACUGCUCAGAAGGACCAAUCAGAUCAUCUAUUGUGUGAACAGUCAUUGGAGGGAAGAUUUCCUGAGGAAAUCUAUAGGACUAAAGUAACAGUGAGAUGAAAGUUCUCUCAAUCUGCCACAGCUCCAGAGCCAGAUCCCCUCUACCUGAUUUUAUCAUUUUCUUCAUUACGUUUUAUGUUCACAAGCUGGAAUCAGCCCGGUUCACAGUGAUUGGACCUGAUCACCCUGUCACCGCCAUCAUGGGGGAGGACAUUAUUUUACCCUGUCACCUGUCCCCCAAGAUGAGUGCUGAGAAUAUGGAAGUGAGAUGGUUCCGAUCUGAGUUCACUUCAUUUGUGCACCUCUAUCAGCAUGGAAAGGAUGAGUAUGGGCAGCAGAUGCCAGAAUAUCAUGGAAGGACAGAGCUUUUGAAAGCUGGUAUCGUGGAUGGGAAUGUUGCCUUGGGAAUUGUCAAUAUCAGACUUUCUGAUGAGGGACAGUACCGCUGUUUUGUUCAAGAUGGUGUCUUUCAUGAAGAAGCUGUAUUGGAACUGAAGGUAGCAGCUUCAGGCUCUGCACCUCACAUUUCUGUUGAGGGUCACCAGGAUGGAGGGAUCCGAGUGGUGUGUCAGUCGGCCGGAUGGUACCCGGAGCCCAAGGUGCUGUGGAGAAAUCUCAAAGGGCAGCCUUUGUCUUCAUCAACUAAAACCAAAUCUGAAGAGGAAUAUGGUCUCUUUGAAAUAAGAAAUUCUAUCAUUAUAACAGAAAAUUCAAACAAGAAUUUGUCCUGUGCUAUAAGGAACACCCACCUGAACCAAGAAAAAGAAUCAGUAACAUUUUAUAUAUCAGAUUCUUUUUUCCCAAGAGUAUCUCCCUGGAUGGUGGGUUGGAGUGUGACUUUUGUGAUUUUGUUGGUGUUCAUCAGCCUUACUCUUUUUCUGUUCAAAUUAAAAGGGAAACAUCUCAACAUUAUCAGUAAACUUCAAACAGAGCUAGAGUGGAGGAGAUCCCUGGGUGAUGCAGCGAAUGUGACUCUGGAUCCAGACACGGCUCAUCCAAAACUUGUACUGUCUGAGGAUCGGAAAAGUGUGAGAUGGGCAGACACAUGGCAGGAUCUGCCCAAUGACGACAAUCCUGAGAGAUUUGACAUUGAGCACUGUGUGCUGGGCUGCGAGGGGUUCACCUCAGGGAGACAUUACUGGGAGGUGGAGGUGGGAGUUGGGCUACUUUGGGCUGUGGGGGUGGCCAGAGAGUCUGUGAGGAGGAAGGGAGGGAUCAGCCUUAACCCUGAGGAGGGGAUCUGGGCUGUGGAUCAGAGGCAGGGCCAGUACCAGGUUCUCACCGCCCCUACAACCCCCCUGCUCCUGAGCCGGGCCCCCAGCAGGAUCCGGGUUUGUCUGGACUGUGAACAGGGGCAGGUGACAUUUAUCGAUGCUGGUAACGAGGCCCCGAUCUUCACUUUCCCGCCGGGCUCUGUCCCUGGGGAGAGAAUCCGACCUUGGCUCUGGCUGGGGAUGGAAAGCCAGCUCAAACUGUGUCCCUGAGAGACGGGGGGUAUAUUCCACUGAGGACCCUGAAAUCAGCCCGUCUAGUCUCACACAUCCCAGUCUCUAUGAUCUUGGCAUCAUCCUGUCCACCCAGUUCUAUGGUCUCUUAAUUCUAUAUCCCAUGGAAACUCCUCCCCCGUCCCUCCCUGCAGCACAGAGAUUAAUAAAACAUCACUGAAGGUGAGACUGUCACUCAUUCAUUUCAUAUGUUACUUCCUUGACUUUGUUGCCAUUUCAGUGUCAUUAAAAAAAUAGUUCCCCAAACCUGUGGGUCUGUUUUCCAUUGGUGUGAGUAUUGAAGCUGUUUCUUGAAGCUCCUUUUCCCUCUGAUGGGUGUUCAUGGUAAAUAAAGCAUGAAAGACUA